AUGAAGUUAACAAGAUUUUUAAUGAAGCUUUCGCUUGAAUCGGUACAGAUUGAGCUUAAAAAUGGUACAAUUAUAAGUGGUUCUGUUCUUAAUGUGUCACCAUCAAUGAACGUCUCUCUUAAAAAUGUGAAAAUGACCAUCAAAGACCGCGACCCUCAGGAACUCGAUUUCAUAAACGUUAGAGGAAGUAACAUACGGUUGAUCAUACUACCAGAUUCACUCAACUUGGAUACUUUAUUAAUUGACGAAACUCCAAAGAUGAAAAACUCCAAAAAGAAAGCGCCAGCGGGGAUAACGAGAGGUGGUAGUCGAAAUAUGAGUGGAAGAGGAGGAAGAAGAGGCGGUAGAGGCUUUUAA